AUGCAUAGGAUUAUACUACAAGAAAAGCUAAAGAGGGGAAGGAAGAAAAUGGGAAAUAACAUUGCGGAAAUUGUGUUCUUGUUGUUUUUGGUGAUGAUGAUGAGUUCAAGAGUUGUGGGAUCAGAGGGGAUUUCAUUUGAUUAUUACAAGGAAUCAUGCCCAGGAGUUGAAAACAUUGUUAGAGAAAAGCUUCAAUCAGUGUCACUGCUUGAUCCUACCACACCAGCAGCUAUGCUGAGGCUUAUGUUCCAUGAUUGCCAAGUUCAGGGUUGUGAUGGUUCCAUCCUUCUUGACCCAGAUAACCCCGGCGGCGGAAGAACGGAGAUGGACUCAAUAAAAAAUUUCGGGGUUCGGAAAAGGGAGGUGAUUAACCAAAUGAAAGACAUGGUGGAAGCUUCUUGUCCUCUCAAGGUUUCGUGUUCAGAUAUAUUGAUUUUGGCUGCCAGAGAGGCAGUGGCCAUAUCAGGAGGACCAAGAAUAAGGGUUCCACUGGGAAGAAAAGAUUCUGAGAAGCCUUCAAAUUUCAGAGCUGCUGAGGCUUCACUCCCUCCAGGUGAUAUAGGAGUUGAUGGAAUGCUUCCUUUGUUUGCAAGGAAAGGAAUGUCCAUCGAAGAAUCAGUUGCAAUCAUAGGUUCUCACACACUUGGAGUAACACAUUGCCUAAACCUUCAUAAUAAGAACCAUAGAUUAUCACGAUCACAGCAACAACAAAGAUCAUCGUCAUCUGGAAGUCAAGAUCAUCACCAACACGCCAUGACGACACCAAAUUUUGUAUGCUCUUUGCCAUUGGUUGGAUCAACCUUGGAAAACAUUAGUUUCGUGUUUAAUGAUCCAACUUCAGUAAUAUUCGACAACAGUUACUAUGUCAAUUCAAUGUCUGGAAAUGGGGUGCUUAGGGUUGAUACCGAAAUGCCAGUUGAUCCAAGAACAGCUCCAUUUGUACAACGUUUCGCGAUCGAUCAGGAUAGCUUUUUCAAUGCGUUUUCUACUGCUUUUGUCAAGCUUUCUUCUUCUAAUGUUCUUGUUGGUGAAGAACUUGGAUUCAUUGGAUUUUCUCCUCCUUUCUUAGCACCAACAACAACCGGUCCCAUCGUCUUGAAAGGUGUCAAUUAUGCAUCUGGUGGAGGAGGGAUUCUCAAUCACACUGGAAAGAUUUUUGUUGGUAGGAUCAACUUUGAUGCCCAGAUGGACAAUUUUGAAUGCACUAGGCAAUACAUAUUCAACACCAUUGGUGAAUCAAGCGCUAUGGCAUUGCUCAAUUCGGCUCUUUUCUCUGUUACAUUAGGCUCCAAUGACUUCAUCAACAACUAUCUAACACCCGUUGUCUCAAAAGUGGAGCAAAAGUUGGUUCCUCCGGAGGUUUUUGUCGCAGCCAUGAUUUCAAGAUAUAAACUCCAACUCACGAGGCUAUACAAUAUGGGUGGUAGGAAAAUUGUUGUAGUAAAUGUCGGGCCAAUUGGAUGCAUCCCAUUUCUAAGAGAGAUGGAUACAUCUGCUGGGAAUGCCUGUUCUCCUUUCCCGAAUCAACUUGCUCAGAUGUUCAAUGACCAAUUAAGGGUUCUUAUUUCAGAGCUCAGUGCCACUUUGGAUGGUUCAGAAUUUGUUUAUGCGGAUGUUUACCGCAUUGUUGAUGACCUUAUUCAGAAUUACACUUCUUACGGAAUCGAGAAUCCGAGUUCAGCUUGCUGUCAUGUUGCUGGGAGAUUUGGGGGAUUAAUCCCGUGUAGCCCAGCAUCCAAAAUCUGUGUAGAUAGAUCGAAAUAUGUGUUUUGGGAUCCAUACCAUCCAACUGAAGCUGCCAAUAUCUUCAUUGCCAAACGUUUGCUUGAUGGUGAUUCCAUCGACAUUUGGCCUAAAAAUCUUAGACAAUUGAUUUCUUCACCUUCAUCAUAA